AUGGCCAAAGGUGCAGCAUCGCUGAACAACAGUUUCUCAGAUGUGAGGAAUUGCUCCUAUUCAUCAUUUAUUUCUUUUUCUCAGGCUGAGGCCGUUUUUUCGCGAGCUUCAACUUCAGCCGCCAGAUAUGUCACUGACAGCAGCACGGACAACACGGCGCAGCUCGAUGAAUCUCUCAUGGUUAUUUAUUUUUCCAAAUAUAUCAUAUAAUUUCGAUAUAUAUAUAUAUACUCAGUCGGUAUACUAAUUAUUUUUUUACAAUGGAAGUCAUGUCGCUUUUCGAUUGGUAUUUUCUCUAAAAACUAGUCACUUACUUUUUAGUUUGAUCUUGAAGUAUCCUGAAAGUCUCUAUCGGCAUAGCUUCCUAGUUUUUAAGAACUAAGCGCUCAGAACAACAAAAUGACCUAUUUUGAAGGAUUUUAACUUUCAUCGAAAAACUAGGAACUUUUUAGGUAAUUUCCAAUCAAAAAGUAAAAUUAUUUUCCUUGUAAGGAGUGCAAAAAGAGAAGCUAUGAAAAUAAAUAAAAAAAGUUUCAAUUACUUUCUGGGUCUUUUUUCUCAGUUUCAGUGCAAUCGGAUUGUUCAUAAUUGGAAUUUUUGCAGGAAGUCAUUCGUUUCCUCUCGACGACGCAAAAUACGGCGAGACUGAGCUUGAAAACGCGGUUACUCGUCGAACUUUUGAACUACACGCCGAUUAUUUUGAGUUCGUUUUCGACUUUUUUUCUUCGAUUCAUGUUGUAGUUGUUGCGAAACUCUCGAAAGAAAAACUUUUUUCUUUUUUUUCGAAAUUCAGGUCCAGUAGAAAUCAAACUAGGUCUUUUAAAUCCAUUCACAGCUCGAUCAGAACAAGUAUAUGCGAUAGACGUUUAAGCCUCUUCUUUUCACAAGUUAUUUUGCAUUUUUUUUUCAAAAAAAAAACCCUUCACAUCAAAGGUCUCGAACGGUCAGUUAAUGAAUUUUAUAUUCCAAUUCCAUGAUAAAAAUGAGCAAAAAAAUGAAAACUGCAUUUCCCUGUUUUCAUUUAUUACUUUUUUUCAAAGUAUUUAUAUUUACAGCUGCCUCAACAACGAAUGCAACAACUAGAUCGCGAUUUCACCGGUUACUCUUCAAUAUUGGUUAGAACCCACUCAAAAAUCUAAGAUUUCAUAAGAUUUCUAGGGCUUUAUAAUGUGGAACUGCGGAAAUACAUGGCCCGAGAGCUGGAAAUGUGUUCUGCCGUGUUCCAUUGUCUGAAGGUUUCCUUGAGAGAACAACUCGGACCUCAGAAUAUGAUCGAUAUUCUUAGAAUGUUACAGGUUGGAAGUUUUAUUUUUGGUUGGAAAAUAAUUAUUGAUUUUCCAGGUCCUCAGCUACGAGAAAGGAGUGACGUUAGGUGUUUGGACGAAUGAACUGAUUUCUUUUCUGAUGUCUGAAGUGUGAGUUUUUGAGAGAUUCAUCAGAAGUCAUUGAAAUCUGCUUGUUGUUCAUAAGAUGUCACAAUAUUUUGCUGUUCAAAGUGAUAAAUCGAGAUUGCUAGAUUUUUUUCCCAAGGGUUUUAGCAACUUUUAUUCGAGUUUCCCUACAGAGAUAGAGCUGACUUUUUCAAAAAAAGAAUGAUACUGAAAAUUUAUUUUUUUUUUCGUUUUUUCUGGAUUCCUUCACCUUUUCCCUGUUUUUUUUGGAAAAAGAAAUUUUUGGAAUAGUGAUAAGCUCUCAUGGCUUUGAAUGAUUUCAGUAAAUUGAACUUUUUCCAGAGUCCGAGAACCCGAAGAAGAAUGGAUGCCCUACUGCAUGGCCAUUUUGUGCAACCUCGCCUCCAGAUCCAAAUCCGUUUGCAAUCGGAUCAAGAAAUCUGUGAGAUUUUCUUCUAUUUUCUUCCUUUUUCAUUAUUUUUUAUCGUUCCAGACGUCUUACAAGCCGUUUUCGCGACGGAUAAUGGCACUUUUGGUUCACGAUUCGCGAAUCGUGGUCCUUUCGGCAUUGGUUCUGAUCGGGUAUCUCGAGGAGAAAAAUUCGAAACAUGGUCCGUUCUCCUAAAUAAUCGAUUCAUAAAUAAAAAAAUUGAUAAAAAAAUCAUAUAAAUGGCGAGAAAAUAAUCGAAAAAUUUCAGGAUUGUUUUUCAACUUCAAAUGAUAUUGGUUGUUCAAAAAUUUUCCUACUUGUUUUCCUUUUUUUUCAAGUUUUUCUUGGAUCGAUUACUCAUUUUUAAUCCUAUAAUUUUUCCUCCGACGUUUGAAAAUACAGCCUUCAUAUUUUUGAAUAUAGGAGAAGUUUGAAAUCUAUCAAUGAAGCUUAAUUUUUCAAGGCCAAGCUGUGUAUUUUUGUUCAACUUUAAUUUCUGAAAACUCCGGUAUCUUUCUUUUUCUCAAUUCAUUUUUCUUGAAAUUCAAUCUCUGCGAUCUAAAAAAUAAUUGAAAAAGCCUAGUUUGCAGGUUUACUGCUCCCAGAACAUCCACGAGACUUUUCAAUGUGUUUUCAACGUUUUGAUAAUCGGGGACACGGAAUGUCUGAUGACGCGUCACAUUGCCGUUGAUCUACUCAGGCGUCUCGUCGUUUCCGAUGUUCCUACCGUUGGUUUUUUUUUAAAGUUAUAGGAAUUUCAGCAAGAAUCAUUUUUGAAUGAAGUAAUACACUUUCUGGAUCGAAGAUUUUCGAAAUUAUUCAAAAAACCAAAAAUGAUCAUUUUUUCUUGUUUCGGGCAUUCUUUCAAGAUUCAAUUCAAGGUGUCCUCCACACCUGUCCUCGCUUCGACCGGCAAAGAUAUCAUGAAUUAUGGAUUUUUCGAACGUUGUAUUCAACAUACGGCCGAGCUUCUAGUGGUCCUCGACCCAAGGCUCGAAGAAUCCACCAAGGUUUGGUCUUUUCUAAUCGAUUUCGCAAAAAGGAUCUUCUUAAGAUCUAUGACCUGUUGCUGGCGUUUUGUUCGCUUUCCGUUCUGAAACCUGACGUCUGUGCGGCGAUCAUCAAACUCUCACCUACGGAAUCUCGACUAACCACUCCUCUUCAUGGUAAGGAUUAAUCAACUACCUCCGUGAAAACAGGAAAAUCUCCUUUAUAAGUUAUUUCAGAAAAGAUCUUAGGGGCCCCCAGCGACUUUUCAUCUCACUUUUGCCUCUCACUUUCUUUAAUGAAAAUAAGCUAAAAGCAACUAAAAAGGUCCCAGCGUAUUCAAAAAGGAUUCCCUGAGGUUCUGAAAAAGGAGCUCAAAAUACUUCUUCCCACCAUUCUAGGAGCUUCUAGUGGAGCCCUUUCAGAUCUUCCUGAGGGUCCACAGAGGAACUUUUUCGUUUUGCUCAAGACUUUAAGCUGAGAAAAAUGAUUCCAGCGAUCGCCAACACGAGUGCGAUGUCUUUCGAGGAAGCGAUCAACCCGGAAGUCCCCCUCAAAGCUCUUUCCCUCCUGUCGCAUUUGAUAAAAGUCUUCGCUGUCUUUGAAAUAAAAUCGAAAUUUGAUAAUUUCAGGAAAUCAUCGAUACUCGUGAUAGAGUUGUGCCUUACGUAUCGGUUGAACAGGUUUUCUCCUUUUAUGAAUUUCUAAAACAAAAAAAGCUUAUUUCAGCUCGUGUCCCUGGUUGAUUCUUGCGUUACUUCGGUUAUCGAUCCGGCGAAAGAGGAUGUCGCUUUCACAUGUCGCCGUGUUCAGCUGGGACUUCGUCUGGCUGAAGGUACUGGAGAAAAAAACGAAAGGAUUGAAAAAAAUAAUAAUAAAGAGAUGUGGAGAAAUACGGAGGAAAAAAACUAAUUUACGAGGUCAAUAAAAAAAGUUUUUAGUUUAGUUUUUCCUGGUCCUGAAAAAAAGAAUGAAUAUUUAAAAAAAUCAUUCCAAAAAAAGGUUUCAAAAAAAUAAAAUAAAAAAAUAAAAAAAUAAAAAUAUUCGAAUGAUAUUAUAUUUAUUUUUUUCCUAAUAAAGAAUAGACAAAGUCGGAAGGACCCUCUGAGGGUGAUAAAGGCUGUUGUUGUCCAUAAAAAUUUUCCCUUUAGGGUGACAGAGACUCCUUUUUUGCUGCCCUUUUGCUCCAUUUUCUCAGCCCUUAUGCACCAUUUUUUCUGCCUAUCCCUUUCUCCAUCAUUUCUCGAGCCUUUAAAAUCCCAGAAAAAUGGAAGGCUGGAUAAAGGGACUCUCUUUACUGCCUUUUCGCUGCCUUUCUGCGGCCUUUUUUGAGCCUCUCCCUUUUAACGACCAUUGUACACCAUUCCGGCUUUGCCCGAGUGUGAACAAAGGAUUGAAUUCAGUCGACCUUUUAGCUCGAGAAAAACACUUUUCUGCCAUUCCUCAAAAUCGAAGAUUAUUUUCUAGUGUGUUCCCAAGAUGAAGACGUCCGUAAUCAACUUUUACCUGUAACAGACGCCCAACUUUGCUCGAGUAUUGCCGAUUAUCAAGUAGUUCUCAAUUUAUAUGACUUUAAUGCUCAAAAAUCUCAGCUCAUUCGAAAUCCGAUCGUGUGCCACCUCAGCAAACCUCCAUUGCAUCGGGAUGAAUCGCUUCCCAAAUGGAGGUUCACCUUUUCUUUGUCAUUUUUGUUAAAAGUGAAGUUUUUUCAGUGUGAACGGCGUCGGGAUUCUUCUAGAACUUUCCAAACUUUUGGCUUCGUUGAAAGAUCAUUCGAGAAUGCACAAGGAACAAUAUUGGCGGCUUCUGAAGGUUACUCGAAAUGAGAACAGAUCACUGUUUCAAUAUAUUUUUUUGAGUCAUUUUUUUAUUUUCGAAUAAAUUGAUGUAGCAUAAUGUUUUUUUAAUCCCAAAAAAAUUUGCGGCGGUUUUAAAAGAUUUUCAAACCUGUCUAUUUGGUUUCAAGUUCCUUAUGCAACCAAAUUAAAUAAAAAUUUACCGUUUUUCAAUGAUAAACUUCUCUGGAAAGCAUAUUUAUUUUUUUGUCAGAUUUUUUUUGGCCCUUCUGGCUCAGUGAAGUAUUUAUAAGCUUUUUUGAAAAUUAAAAAUUCUCCAUUACAUCAAAGUUUUGAGAAAAAUCCUGUACAUCAUAACCUUUGCAGAUAUAAAUACUUUGGGGUUAAAAAAAUGUGAAUUUUUCGAGUUUUCUCAAUUCAUUCUGCGUUUCCAGGACGAAAGAUUGGUGCCAUUUUUGGCAUACGCGAUCGCCCACGGAGAUCACGAAAUGGUGCUGAACGCCUUGGUCACGUUCAUCCAUUGCUCUCAAGUCCACGUUUUUCCAACUAAACUGUAAGAUCACUCGGAACGAAAAAAGAUGAUGGAAUGACCAUAGACUGGCUGAGUUGGUCGCUUCAUGUUCGUUGGAGAAGCGAAUUCGCCAUGGUAGCACUGAGACGGCUUCUUGUCAACUUUCCGAGGAAAAUCGCGUCAAUCGGUACCUCACCACUAUAAGAAGUCGAAAAUAAUCUCACGUUUUUCUGAAGAUCAUCAUCGCCAGACGUCAAGUUCAACCUGCUCCGAUCGACAGAAGACUUGUCGCUGAAGCCGCCGCCAAAUCUGGACGAGCUUCUGAAGCGCAUUUCUCAGGGAUUCGACGUCAAGGACAUGAGAGUUUCCGAAGUUUUGAGCGCCUAUGAGAGGAAAAUAGCCUUCAUAGAGGUUCGUCUAAAUGCUCCGAAAAAUCUUUUCAAAAAAAGUUCAGAGUCGUGAAAAGGACCUGGAAGCUCUUGUAGCUGCCAAAGAUCAAGCCUUGGCGCAGAGCGAGAAACUCCGCAUCCAGUACAGAAACGGAGCUCCUCAUUCUUCGGAAACUGAUGUUGGACCGCAAAAAUCUUAAACUUUGAAAUAUUAUAUUUUUUUAGAUCUCCCAAGUCCGAUCGAUAAUGCAGGACUGCGAAGGCCUCCGAGAGACCAACGAACAGUUGAACAAGAAGUUCGAGGUUUUUCAAGUUUUUGAAGGUUUUUAUUAGUUUUGUAUUGACAGGAUACUCGGCGGAAACUAGAGGACCAAGUUCUUUUGCUUCGUGAUGAGUCAGUUUUUCUCAAUUUUUUUAAAUUUUCAACAAGUAAAAUUUUUGAAACCUCUUGCCUAAUUCUCUGACCUUGUGAAUCGUUUGCGUGAAUUUUUUUGGUCUUUGAAUGAUUUUUUUCGAUCCUCCUCAUUAUAAGAAAUUUUUGGUAGUUACAAGAUUUCUUGAUUCGGGAGAGAAAUAAAAAACUUAUAUGGUAAAGAAGAACUAAAAAAAAGGGUCUAAAAGUCUUUAUCUGCUUUUCCAACUUUCAUAUUCAAGGCUCGCGCGGACACGACAAGAAAGAGAGUCUUUGACGCUGGAAAUGGAGCAGGAACGAGCUCUGGUCCUUGCGGCACGAACUACCGCCGAUGACUUGAAAAGGAAGCUUGAAAUGUUUGGUUCAAAGAGGAUUUUCCGACUAUUCAGUUGAUUUUAGAGCGUCGGCAAGUGUCGUUGAGAAGCAGAAUGAGAUCGUUGUUCUCAACCGAGAAAAGCUGGAGUUGACCGGAAUCGUCAGCAGUGAGUGGAUAAUCAGAGAAUUUAUAGAAAUAGCAGGAAAAGUGAUAAGAAAAAAAAUGUAACAGAAAGCUUUUUUUCACGAAAAGAAGAAAAAAUAUUUCCUAGCCACCUCAUUCAAAGUUUUUUUUCGUUGCAGUCCUGUCACACUUUUCACUCCUAUGUCUUCAAAAUACCUGCAGUUUCAUUUUUCUUUCAUUAACUUUCAAAAUAACAUGCCAUUUUUUUUUCCUAGAAACUGUUCAAGGAAUUUUCCUUCAAUAUUGUCCUUUCAUUAGUUUCCCGCUUUCCUUCACAAAACCUGACGGGCAAAGUAUCUUUCUUCAGUACUGAAGUCGGACGCUGUCGCGGCGGCGAAGACAAAUGCCAAGGAAAUCGAGCGAUUGCAUGGCGACGUCGCCCAAAAAGUCGCGACCAUUGAGAAGAUCAUGCGCGACAAAACCGACGUCCAACAGAAGCUGGAAGGAAGGGAACUCGAAUGUGCCGCCCUCCGGGACCAGGUAUUCACAGCACCUGUACCUGGAAUGACUCUUUUCUCAGGUUUCCCAAGGGGAAUCGAAAUUGGCAACGAAAGAGAAAGAAAUCGAGCGACUAGUGAUGCUGGUUAGACUGUUAUUCCGCUUUCUUGAUUGUUUCUUGGAUUUUCAGAUUUCUCGGUUAGAAACCAAAUAUGCGGCCAAAGAACGCGAGUGUGUCGAGCACUCAGCCGAGGUUUGGUUUUUAUAAAAAAUCAUAGUUAGAAAUAAGUUAUUGAUAAAUUAAAAUCAAAUUUAAAAAAGAAGGUUUUCCUCUGUGUUACAAGCUCAGACCUCAGUACCGUAAGCCGGACGUUUUUAGACGUUUUUUUUUUUUGAGUGGACACUUUGACGGGGUCGGCACUCUUAAGUGUUUACUAGAAACGCUCAGAAACGUCCAAGCGCUCCAGUUGGCGUUACCGAGGCCCAAGAACUUUCCGAAUUCUCCCAUUUUUGUCCGUAGAGCACAGUUUUGUUGUUAUAAUAAUAAAAUAUGAGAUUGUUUCUAUUUUUUUGAAAAAAAGAAGAAAGCUGACUACCGAAGAAAAAUUUUAAAACUUUUCUUUAAAAAAAAAUCAAAAAACCAUUUUAGAUAAUUUUCAGUCUAAUAAAAACUUCUGAUUGAGAACAAUUUAGCUUUUCUCAAGGUCAUGAGGAAAGUGGUUCAUUUUCAAGAUAUCUAAUUUGCUUUGUAAAAAGUCAGCUGAAAGAUUAUUUUGUUCAGCUGGAUUCAAUGCGGAGCAAAGGUCAGAAGACGCAGGCCGACCUCGACCGGAUGCGACGUCUCCGCGAGGAAAUGCUCCGUCUCGCCGACAACUACGAAUAA